AUGCACGGCCUCGUUGUGCAGCGAUCACUAUGCAGAGUGUCUGGACGCGGAGUGGCGCCAAAGCGUGGCAUCAAGCGCAUAAUGACCGUGCGGGCCACAACCGACGCCGCGACGCCCAAACCCAAGCCGAAAGCUCCACAGCAAAUGCUGGUGUACUCCCCUCCCCACCCGCUCAUCAAGCACUGGCUGGCCAUUCUGCGGUCCGAGUACACCCCCUCGCCCAUGUUCCGUUCCGCGUGUUCCGAGCUGGGUCGCCUGCUUAUCUACGAGGCCGUACGGGAGUUCCUGCCGACCAUGGAGCAGCAGGUGCAGACGCCGCUGGGGGCGGUGGCGGAUGCGACACUGGUUGACCCCUCCAGGCCUGUCAAGGUCAUCCCCAUCCUGCGGGCGGGUUUGGUCCUCCUGGAGCAGUCCAGCCAGGUGAUCCCCUUCCAGGAAACCUACCACGUGGGGUAUGUACGGGAUCCCGCCACCCUCCAGGCUACCUCCUACCUCAACAAACUGCCCCCCCAGCUCUCCCCGGAUGACCUCUUCCUCAUCACCGACCCCAUGCUGGCCACGGGGGGAACGAUCGUCAAGGUCGUUGACGACAUCGUGUCCCGGGGGGGUCGGCCCGAGAACGUCCGCGUGGUGGCGGUGGUGGUGGCGCCGCCCGCCCUCAAGAAGCUGGCGGACAGGUACCCGGGACUGAAGGUCUACACGGCAAUGAUUGACGAGCAAGUGGACGAGCGGGGCUACAUAGUGCCGGGUUUGGGGGAUGCCGGUGACCGAGCGUACGGCACUCCGCACCACUAA